AUGAAGAGCAUGAAGGUCCCGGUGGUGUGGGCAGAGGCUGUUGAUAGCGCGUGAGGCAAGGGUGUGAGGCACGCAAGUGUGUUGUGGGCGUGUGGAGUUGUGGUGGUGCCGGGUCGGGUGUUGGGCCUCGGGUGUUUUGAAGAGUGCAAAGAAGAGGAGGAGCGCAGGGGUGAGUGUGUAAGAAGUGUGUUGAGGAAAGGGUGAGGAGCGGAGGGUGAAAAAAAUGUGUAGCCCAGGCUGGCCUCGAACUCGUGAUCCUCCUGCCUCUGCCUCCUUCAGCAAAUCCUACCGGCGUGCGCCACCACUACCGGCGGCGAAUGGGCGCUGCUACGCCCUACUUGAACCGUACCAACGAUGACGACACAACACCCGACACGCCCCCAUACUCCUACCUGAACACUGCCCACACACCACCAGCGCAGCCUCACCUCACACCCACCGCACGCCCGCACACACAACCACAACACCAACAGCUACGCUCCCUAAUACGCCCGCCCAACACUCUUCACUCCCUCCCUUCCUCCCUCCCUCCCUCCCGGCUGCCUCACACCGGACUCCCGUGCCACGGCGACACCUGCCGGUCGCGCCGGGAACCGACACUCGCCGCCGACCCCGAACCCGGAACCCGAACCCCCACGUGCCGACGACUCUUGCCGCCUGAUCGCCCACCAGCGACCAGCGAUCAGCGACGAGCGACGAGCGACGAGCACCGGCUCCUAGCUGGUCCUCCUCCUCCUCCUGCUCCAGUCGUGUCGCCCUCCAGGCCCCCACCUUCCACACAACUCUCUCGGCAAACGCUCACAAGAAGCACCCGCACCACCCCGCACCGCAAGGCAGAAAGACGCCUUGCUCGGCCACCUUGGCCUUUCCUCGCUGGCGAGCGAGCGAGCAAGACCAAAACCGCAAACUCCGAACGCCUGCUGGCCCUUCGUCUACACCCGCGCUCCGCCCUCCCGGACCUCGAGGCCUCGCUGACAGUUCUCCACUCCUCAAGCGAGCCCGGAGGCUCAGCGGGAGCACCCCGUGCUCCAACCUGGUGCUCCUCCAACACCCACAGCUCUGCUUUUCUUUCUUCCCUUUCUGGAAGGCCUGGGCCUUGGGCCACGAGACCACCCUGACCACAGCCAAGUCUCCGGGGCCAGGAGCCAGGCCCUCCACUUGGACCCACACAGUUCCCCACACUCGGGAUCCCACGCCCACGCGGACUGGGACUGCCCGUGUUAGCCUCGCAGGAAGAACUGCAGUGGGCAAGUGAGCCUCCUGGAAUCGCCCCAGCGGUCCACCGGCCCAGCCUUGUGCUCCGCUCUGCUGGGUGUACCCUGGAGAAGCGGGGGCCCCAGGACCUUUGGCCCAGCAUGGCUUCUUACUCCUGAGGGGUCUGCCUUCUCCUGCCUCUCUUUGCUAGAUCCCUCAUGGCCCUGGCGUGCUGGGAUUGGGCAAGGCAAGACACUCACUGCCUGCAACCUCCUGUGAUUGCCCUCCUGGGUGAUGCCCCCACCCCACCCCACCCCACCCCACCCCACCCCACCCCACCCCUGCUCUGAUGGGCCAGAGGCUUGCGGAUCGACCUGAGGAGGAAUCCUCUUGAGAUAAUGCUGUUGAGAUGAAUUCAUGAUCAGUUGUAAUUCCUGUUUGGUCUAAGUCCUUUCGGGAAAUGAGUUGGAUUUAAAUCAUGGGGGGCGGGGGUUUGGGGAGACUGAGGGUAGUCGACAGAAAGUCUACUUCGGGAUCAAGACUAGAAUGUUCCCCUUCCUCAUAGAACAGCAAGAGAGCUGCAUCGUUGAGAGAAGGAGCACAUGAGCUUCCGUGCCUUCCAAGCAUGUACUCGUAGGAGCAAGAAAAUUAGGCCUGGGACAAGUUCAUGCUCACAGAGAGCAUCCGUUCAACGUUGGGCCUGACUUCCUGGAUCUUGUGAUCUAAGCCUGUGGCCAUAAGUGCUCGGUGUGCACCUCGAAGAGACACACGGCUAGGAAUAAACAGCAAAUCGCUCUAUUACGAGUGUCAGAAUAGAGGGUAGGCGAUUGCCCAGAUUACCUGAACAACAAGACUUCAAAACGAAACAAAACAAAACGAAACGAAACGAAACGAAACGAAAGGUGCACAACAGAUGAUGAUCGGUCUCCCGCUAAAUACAAAGUGUCACCAGUCAAGCACAGAAAAAACACUUGCUAACCUAGGCUCCAUUGCCUUAAACUUUGUUCAUCAGUUAAGACAAGAGUUAAGUCCAUCUAGUGGAGAGAAAGAAGGAUGGGAAAAGUUUCUUAGGCGUGAAUGUCAAAACAAAAUUAUGUCAUCAA